AUGCACGUCAUUGUGGCGACCAAGGCCAACGAAGCGAGAGAGGACACUGAGGAGAUAAGCAAGAUCAGGGCGAAAGAGGGGUGGAGACCGGUUUGGCCUGUGACAUCUCGAACCGCUGGAGGAUGGAGUGGAUGUAGAACGCCUGAGAGAGAGAGAGAGAGAGAGAGAGAGAGAGAGAGAGAGAGAGAGAGAGAGAGAGAGAGAGAGAGAGAGAUGGUGCGGGCAGCACCAUCGCGACGAAUCUCCAUUCCAAGAUGA